AUGCCAGGCGUUGCUUCCGAGAAACCCGCCGGCGCAGCUGCGGAGACAGCAAGUGAAGGCGGUCAGUCGGAUCGAGGAUCGAAACCGGUACCAGAAGCGGCCGCAGGGGAGCCGGCCGACAUGGCAUCUGCCGGCCAUCCGGUUUCCGCUCAGGUGCGCGCAGUGUCCCGCUCAGGUGCGCGCACUGUCCUGCUCUGGUGCGCGCAGUGUUCCGCUCUGGUCGUUUUUUACGAUCAGCCGACCUUCCCCGGCCAUUUCUACGUGGCGGAUUGUCGCAGGUGGAUGAGUGUGGUGCGCGGAGGAGUAGAGGACGGUUCAGAUGGGUCGGAAGGCUUAGACGAGGAAGGCCUUGGAGGUCCGGGUACCACGGGAUCGGACAAGAACCCAGCGAACGCAGCGAGCGCGGCGAAUGCAGCGAAUGGUGCGGUUACCACGUCGCCGAGUGGUUCGCCGGGCGAGGCGGGGCGGGUGGGUGUGUGGCUGCGGUCGUUCUGGGCCACGUCGGGGCACAUCGAACCCCCCAGGACGCAGAGAGCCAAGUCCCGCGGAUACAGCGUUCCCUUCCACAAGCUCAACAUGGCCCACGCCCUCGCUACUGCCUCUACAUCCCUUGCAACCGCUUCAAACACCCUCGGAUCCGCCACCACCUCUAUAGGAACGUCUAUCACCACUGCUACCAGCACCAUCAGCACCACUACCUCUCGCACUCUGGAUAGCUGCAGACGUGGCGCUACCGCAACGGCCUCUGCUGCCGCUGCUACAGCCGCUACAGCCGCGAAUGCUGCUGCUGCUGCCACAGCUGCCACGGCUGCUACCGCAGCCACUGCAGCCAGUGCAGCGGCUGCUGCAACAGCCGCCACUGCUGCCACUGCAGCAACAGCAGCUACAGCCGCUGCUGCCGCUACAGCAGCGACCGCUGCUGCUACAGCUGCGACGGCGGCAACAGCAGCGUCGGCAGCGGCUGCGGCAACGGCAGCGACGGCUGCUACAGCUGCAAGCGCGGCGGCGGCUGCUGGAGGGUCGAUUCCAGGCGCUAUUAGGGGUUCCCCUGCUGUGAUUUCCACUGCCCUUGCUCGUAUGUUUUUCCUCGGGAAAGCAACACCCAAGCCCAGCAAGGACGCAGACCCUGGUGCAAGCACAGAAUUUGUAGCAGCAACGGAACCCCCCAGCCUUAUUCUCGACAGCUCGCCUAUCGACGUCAACUCAGCUUUCGACAUGAAGUCAGCUAUUGGAACUGGCGAAACAGCAGGAGAGAGCUUGCAAGGCAUGAGCACGCGCGACAUCCCUGAAAAGGCACCAGCCCAAUCAGGGGCGUCACAGGGGGAGAUGAGUCAAGGAGGGUUGGGCCAGGGGAAGGCAGAACCGGGGCAGGUCGGAACUGGUUCAGAUUCACUGCACCAGCAGCUUCUGGGGACGACUUUGCAGGAGAGUGUGAAGCAGGCCGAGACAUUGGAGGGUUUGGGAGGGCCAGAUGCAAGUGUAGUGACUGCUGAGCCUGUUAAAGAGAGGGAUGCGUUAUGGGGGACAGUGUUGGGGGUCAAGGGUGGAGAUUCCAAGCAGGAGGUGAUUGUACAGGGGGAGAUUGUAGAGGAGGGAGAGGAUCCCGCAGCUUUGGAUUCUGUGGGACACGUUGGGCGGCUGAGUCUGGCUGUAGCGAACCAAAUUGCUGCUGCGCCCGUGGCGCUGCUACUGCUGUUGCACGAAGCCGGGGUGGUUACCGUCUCGCUGGUUACUUCUACCGGCCGUGCGGCGACCACUGCUCUGAAGAGCAACUCUGCCACGUGGCAGUGCAUGAUUCGCAGGCAGCGGCUGAUCGUGUCGCUCCGUGCUGCCCUCCAGUCAGCGUCCUGUUUUUCAAACGAGGGUGUGUUUGCUGAAGGGCAUGUUUUGGUGUCAGAUGGCCACGUGUCAGCAGCAGCAGGAAAAGCAGCAGCAGAGGACAAAACAGCAGCAGCUGCUGCUGCAGAAGUGUCAUGUCCUGCUGCUGCCCCUGCCACAGCCACUUAUAAUGAUCCCCUUGUUCCGUCCACUCAAGGCGCCUCCUUAAAAGCAUCCCUAUCCUCAGCCUCGGACCCUCCCGAAACGUCUCUCAAUCAGGACCCCUGCAUUCCCACAGACCCUGCAAAACCGACUCACUUCUCUUCUGAAAUUCCCAAAUCCGCCCGAAACGCAUCCAGGAAACCCAAGCUUCCCCUUCAUUCCUCCAUGGACCUCCACAUCGCGCAGCACCGCAUUGCAUCCCCUCUCACCUCCCUCUUACUGGACCAUACCCUUGGGCUCCUCUUCUCCCUCCUCCUCCUCUUCUUCUUCCAAUCGGUGGCAUCAGCUAUCUCUUCCCUUUUCCACGUCCUGACCAAUCACGUGCUCCGGACCAGCAUCGUGCUACUAAUCUCCCAGCCCAUUGGACUUAAACUUAACGACGAGCUCACCGCUGCGUUCGGCGCCCUAUCCUGGCAGGCGCUGCAGGCUUGGGCUAGCUUCGGCGGCGCGUACGGCUCGGUGCUGCCGUACCUGGCGGUCCUGACGGUUGGUUCGGCAGGGCUGUUCCUGGGGAUGUCGGCCGCAGUGGGGGUUAUAGCUGACCUAGUGCUGCUGUCAAACCUCCAGCUGGCGCUCGUUCAUUGGUGCCUGGCGCCCAUGUAUCGCAUGCAGCUCAACGCUGUCAUUGCUCUCUGGCGCCUCUUCAAUGGGCUCAAGUGGAACCCACUGCACAAGCGCAUAGACUCAGUGGAGUGCACUCUCGGGCAACUUACUCUCGGGUCUCUCCUCUUCACCAUCCUCACCCUCCUCCUCCCCACCACCGCCAUUUUCCACAUCCUCUUCGCCUCCCUCUGCCUCGCAAUCUCGACCGUCCGUUCUGCCCUGCAAGCCGCUGCCUCGCUGCUGCUCUCCUUCCCGCUUUACCUGCUCCUGGUGAGGCUCUAUCGGCCUGACCAGGUUCCCGGUGGGGUGUGGCUGGAGUUUGUGGGAGGGGGAGGAAGAGGAGGUGGAGCAGGAAGGAGAGUGGGUGGAGGGGUAACAGAAGGUAGAGGAGCAGUGGGGGGGAGGACAGGAGCGGGAGGGGAGGAUAAAGGAGGGAGGCGAAGGCAUGGGGCAGACGGGGGACCGGCUCGAGAACACUCGAAGAUCGAUCGGGGGUGUGAGAUAAGAGAUAGUGGGAGACAGGAAGGGAGGGAGGAAUCAGAGUUGCCAUGGGGAGGUGGCGAGAGAGAAAGGGGUGGGGCAUCAUGUGGUAGUGAAGACUGGUGUAGUGGCGGCCGAGUGCAUGUGAAUCCUCGCAAGGUGAAACCCAAGGCGUAG